AUGAGUCGGAAGAAGGGGAAGAAAAGAGACGUUCCUGCUGCCGUAACCCACGAUACUUCAGCCUCCUAUGACGUCGCUACAUUAUCCGAAGCACGAGAGCUACAAACCCAAGAGCUGGAAGUGUUGCAAGCUAUUUACGAUCAAGACCUGACAAUGCAGAGCUCUACACCGCUGUACACCUACAUCUUCACUAUCCGAUUGUUGUGUGAAGCCACGUCGGGCACAGCUACGACGGCCGAAGUGCUGCUGCAUUUCGACUUGACACGGGCGUACCCAAUCAAACAGCCGCCCAACAUCACGGUGGAAGCCAAGCACGGCUUGUCGGAUACGGAGACGCAAAAACUGACGCGUGGGAUGGAGAAACUCGCGCUGGAGAAAGUGGGGGACGCAGCCGUGUACGACCUCGUUGUCUUUGCCACCGACUUUAUCCAAGACCAUCUAAAGGACCAAUCGUCAUUUUUCGACCAAAUGAUGACUCGGCAACAGGAUAGAGAGACACAGGAUAAGCUGGCAGAGGACGCACUGCUGCAGCAACAAGAAGAACAGGCUCGAGCAAAAAAUGAGGAAAUUUUGGCGCUUAUUGACGCUGAGAGAAGAAAAAGAGAGACGAUGAAGAAGACACGAAGGAGACGGAGGAGACACCGAUUAAGUAUUGAUGGAGACUGUAGUGGUAGUGAGGGUGGGAUCCUAUCAAGUAGUUGCCAACAGCAGCCAAAUGCAUCUUCCAAGCGGGAUGAAAUUGUGUCAAGUGUGCUGGAUUCGGACUCGGAUGAGUCGGACUUGGACGCAGUGACGGCUGCAAAGCGAUACCAGUCCAGGUAUCAAGGUGAUUUUAAGGAGCUAGGGCUACUAGGACGCGGGGGAGGAGGAGAGGUAGUGCAGGUACGUAACCGUCUAGACCGACAGCUUUACGCUGUCAAGAAGGUCAAGCUAGAUCCGGAUGAUAAGACGAUGAAGAAGAAGAUUUUGCGUGAAGUAAAGACAAUUUCACGAAUGCAGCACCGACAUAUUGUGCGAUACUUUCAGGCAUGGAUUGAAGGCAAAGGUCGAAUGUCUAGCGACGACGAAGAGGAUUCUAAACUGGAAGUCGGCAAUCUAAGUGACGAAGACAAUUUGCCAAGUGACGGCGCUGUAAGUGAGGAAGAAAAUGUGUAUGGCGAUGUGAGUCUUUCGUCUAGUGUUGACGAUGGACUGGGGCCCAUGACGUCUACAGACGAAGAUGAAGAUGACUGGUUAGGCACGAUGGGUGGCAGCACGGGACUGUGGCCUGUGUCGACGUCUCGCCACGACUCUCGUAGUCUACGUAGUAAAAGCCAAACAUAUAUGCUAUCGUCGCAUAGUUAUGCAUCCGAGAGCUUUCCUGAUGAUGGCUUUGAGUGGGAAGCACUGGAAGAAGCUCCGAUGGAAGAGGUCGACUUCAGUGACGAUGGAGAUGUUGUAUAUCCCGGUGAAAAACGGUCUCUUAGAAAUUCUGUGUUCGAGGACAAAAGGAAGCUGGAGAAAUUGUACAUUCAGAUGGAGUUUUGCGAGGGAAACGCUCUCAGAGAGGUGAUAGACAAGGGAGGUUUAUGGAAAGACGCCGACAAAAUUUGGACGAUGUUUCGCCAAAUCCUGGAGGCGCUUGUCUAUAUUCAUCGUCAGGGCAUUAUUCACCGCGAUAUCAAGCCACCUAACGUGUUUCUGGACUCGGAGGGAACUGUAAAGCUAGGAGAUUUUGGUCUCGCCGUUCGGCCUCCCAAGGUCACGGACGACGAUAGCAACGGUGACUCCUCCCCUUCUGGAGAAACUAUGACUGGCGCGGUAUUAUCCGAGUCAAAUGGGUCAUCAGCUGCCGAGUUUUAUGGGCGACUGAAGCUAGAAAACUUGGAAAGCACAAGAGUUGUCAGUCGAUCAAGCGUCCUGCAGAAUAGCAACCUGAUGACGACAAUGUCAGCGAACGUCGUUGACGGUAGUAUCACUGCUGGCGUCGGUACAGCGUAUUAUCGGGCACCCGAGCAAGAGAGAGAAGGGCAGCGGUAUAAUCAGAAAGCGGAUUUGUUCUCUCUCGGGAUUAUGUUCUUCGAAAUGUGGUCACAGCCAUUCACGACUCUGAUGGAGCGUGCACAAGUACUUAGUAGACUGAGGGAAAAGCACGAACUACCUGAAUCUUUCAGCGCGCCGGAUGAUGUGAAAAAGAUUAUUCUGUGGCUCUGCGAGCGCGAUCCGUCUAGACGACCAAACGCAAAGGAGCUACUGGCGAGCCCACUAUUGCCUGCAAAGAUAGAGAUCGAAGGCUCCUAUCUUCGAGAGGCUCUGAAAACUCUUGCAAACCCACAGGGUAAAUUUUUUAGCCAACUUAUUGAUGCCCUGGUCUCACAGAAGCCUCUUAGUCACGCCGACUACACGUACGAUCAUUUGGAGUCCAUCAAAAUGCGCAGCUACGAGGUUCAAUUACGCGCAAAAACAUACGUCAGGAACGUUUUACAGAAAGUGUUCCAGCGCCAUGGAGCCGUCGAAAUCUCAACACCGCUGCUUAUGCCAAGGUUAUCCGAGCAGAGCUUUAACAACAUCACUCUGAACGCCCCGUCAAACGCAUCAAUGAUGUUAGACGGUAACGGUGUGUCAGUAUCGCUUCCAUUUGAUUUGACAGAGAGGCUUGCUCGCUUCGUGGCACGGCGCAACAUUUCACGUCUGAAGUGCUUCCAAUUCGACCGAGUAUACCGGAAGAGCGUUGGUGGUGGUCAUCCACGCGAGUUCACCGAGUCUGACUUCGAUAUCAUUUGGGAUGAUAGUGGCUGUUUUCGUUUCUUGGAGCUGGAGGGAUUAGAAGUGGUCUCAAGUGUGAUUAAGGCGCUGCCGAGCUGUCUGGGUUCCUACUAUUUGCGCUUCAAUGACGCUCGAAUGACGCACGGCAUUCUUGACCUUUGCCGCGUUCCCAACAGUGCUCGUCGCGAAGUGCAACGGCUACUUUCGAACGAAGUUUCAUUCUAUGUGCACGCUGGUCCAUCUUCCACUCAAGCUCCGAGUCUGAAACCAGGACGCUGGAAGUUUGUCGCGAAGCGAUUGAAACACUACGGGGUAUCGGCAAGCUCUAUUGAUGCACUCAAACCAUUCUUCUUGCUACCGGAAGACUGCCUUACGUCGCUCGACAUUAUUGAGUUGGAGGUGCAAAAAUUGUUUGCAAAAAAUCGGGCACUUGCGAACCGAGACUCCGCGACGGCAGCAGAUGGUAAUCCUGGCUCUUCAUCUCCGAUAGACCGGAAACAGAUCCAAAAACGUGAUGCACAGCUACGACGCAUCGUCGAAGAGGUGACUGAGGGUAGUACGUCCUUACGCAUAUUGUUGCAAGGCAUGCAGUUUCUUCGGCUGUCAGGUCCAGUGUGCACACGAUUGGAUUUGGGGUUGAGCCCACGUCCCGAGCGCUAUACGUCGGGUUUCAUAUUUCAGGCAAUAUUGCUUGAGGACGCCUCGUAUAGUGAUCAUAAUGGUGAUACGGCUGCUUCCUUGUUGAUCGCGACGACGGACAAUCAGAUCAUCAUCGCUGAAGGGGGACGCUACGACGCUUUAGUUUCACGCUUUAAACUCACAACGGCGUACGCAAACGCUUCAUCUGUCGCUGCGAUGGGUGUACGUUUUGCCAUCGAUAAGAUUGUAUCGUUGCUAGCUGAGUCCAUGUGUACUGCGUUGCUGGAAUUCAAGUCUCCAGCCUCAGAAGUCCUGACGAGUGGCCGCAAGGUUUUGAUUUGUUCGGCAGGUAAGACAUCGGACACGAUGCUUUUUCGUAUGCAGCUUGCAAUGCUGUUAUGGGGACACGGCAUUAGCGCAGAAUAUCUACAUCCAGAACCGCUGCACCUUGAAGACCUCGAAGAUUACUGUGCUCAGCAAAACAUCCAAUGGAUGGUGAUUGUGCAAAACCACAUGAUGCGAGAGAAGCAACAGGUGAAGAUUCGAGCAGUGAACAACCAUUCUGAUGCUGAUGUGGUGACAAAUGUGACAUCGUUGCCAGAGUGCAUUGUCGAGCUACAGACGAACACUGGCAAAAGCUCCCACGGUGACAUUGCAGCUGGUGGUGGCCGUGGACAUGAUUAUGUUGGAAAAAGUAUGAACAGCAGCACUAACGGCGGUGAUGGCAAUAAUUCUUCAUCUACUGGCAACACAUUGCAGCCUAUCUUUGAUGUAAGGGUGGUUGAUGCAAAGUAUCAAUCGAGAGACAGGAACUACCGCAACUAUCAGCUUGAUACCCAGAAAGUCACGCGUCGUGUAUCAAAGUGGAUCUCUUCGAGCUUUUCCGCUCGUGCGGACGAUGCCAUGAAAGUAUUGUCGAUAGAUCUCCCGUUUGCUCUUGUACGAGAGAUGUCAUCGGCGUUAAUGGAAGCGGGGCACGAUGGCAUCGACACGAUGUGCGCUAAUAAUCCACGAUAUCGAAAACAGCUUAAGUACACGAUGGAAGAAAUUCUGACUUUAAUGCCCGAAUCCACUUCACGUCGUGGUGGUCGUGAACGAUAUGUGCUCUUGCAUAGCAUGGUAGAUGAUCGAUAUGACAUGAUGUCUCUUAAUUCCUCGUCAACGUCUCAUUGUAAAAAAUACUAA